CAACUCCCUACGCGUAUGACACCAAGGACCGGUAGAGCACGUUGUGGAUGUGUUUACCUGCCGAUUUCUACUCUUAGUCGGCACUCAUUCAGUAGUUCUUCUACCUGCGUAAACAGUUAUUACGACAAUAUGAAUACAUUACGUGAAAUAUAUAAUCAGAAGGCACUUAGAAUGAACGCAAUUGAUGAUGUACUCACUUCCUGCCUGUAACUGCACGAUUGACGCACCGCAUCGUUCCUUUUCGCUUUCCGUUAGUAAAAUCAGCUUAUACUGUUAAGAAUGACGUCCUCAUUUGUCGUUCCUGUAAUUGAUGUCCAGAAUGGCAAUUUCAAAGAACUUUGGCCUGCUAUGGUUGUGGCGAUCAAAACGUCUUCCUUCGUUGCUGUAGAUACGGAGCUGAGUGGCCUGGGCAAUAGAACAUCAUUGCUUGCACAGUCUAUAGAAGACAGAUAUAAAGCCAUUUGUCAUGCAGCCCGCUCUCGCUCCAUCCUCUCCUUGGGAAUUGCUUGCUACAAGAAGUUCAGUAACAAGGCUGCAGACACGUACCUGGUCCAGGUGUACAACCUCACUUUACUAUGCUCAGAGGAGUACAUCAUUGAGCCUCAAUCAGUGCAGUUCCUUGUACAACACGGGUUUGACUUCAACAAGCAGUAUGCAAAAGGGAUACCUUAUCACAGGGGUAAUAAUAAGGGCGGCUCAGACAACCAGGGUGUUAAUAUCCGGGCUUUAUUUACUGAGCUACUACGUGCAAGAAAACCAUUGGUGCUCCACAAUGGUCUCAUUGAUAUUGCUUUCCUCUACCAGAAUUUCUAUGCGCAUCUACCAGAUCGUUUAGUCACCUUCACAGCCGACCUAUCGGAGAUGUUUCCUGCAGGCAUCUUCGACACAAAAUAUGUGACAGAAUUUGAUCUUCGCUUCAGUGCCUCAUAUCUGGAAUACGCCUAUAAGAAAUGCAAGUUGGAUAACAGUCGAAAUGAGGCCUCCGGUGGGACUGGACGUCAUGUCUACCUUGAAUUCUGUCAGUAUGCUGGCGCCAUGUCCCGCUAUGUGGACCACAGAAUCUGUCCGGCUGGUCCCCCCAUUUCAGAGCAGACUGACAUCUGCAGUUCCUUCUCGGCGUUCGGCUGGUGUUCCAAUGGCACCAAGUGUCCUUUGUCCCACGACACUGACCUUAUCAUUCUCCAUGAUGAUAAAUCUAAGCAUGACAAGAAGAGAAAGCGGAAGCGUCAAAAGAAGAAAAAGGAAGGAGAGGUAGAGGAAGAUUCCUCCAAUGUGGAAGGUGCCCCCCAAAACAAAAUGCCCCAUUUGGAAUUGAAUCCAGACGAGGGUCAUCAAGCGCUGUUUGCCGGAUGUCUGCAAAGUGCCAAUUUGAUAGACAGCAAUACAAACACCCAACUGCAUGACGGGGAAAACGUGAAAACAGAGAGUGAGGAGAAAGAAUUGUGUGAGAACAACGUGGAGUCUACCAACACUGAAAUGAGCGGAAAAAGUCAAAACAAGGCAGAUACGGGCACGCACCGAGCUGGCUUCGAUGCAUUCAUGACAGGAUACAUAUUUGCCUACUCAUGCACCCUGGUGAAGAAGGACGAAGUGGAUGUAAGCGGAGAGGAGCAGAUGUGGCUUCCCACCUCCUUCAAUAAGGUGUACCUCAGUGGCAAGGCAACACCACUCAACAUCGUCAAGAGCACCUUCUCCAAGUCAUCCAAAGCCCACGUGCAAAAGAUGGAAAUGAUUUGGGAGGGAAAGCAGGAGAGGAUGGACAAUGCUCAAUGA